AUGAUCUCAAACCUUAAGACGCACAUAUAUCAACAAGAAUGUAUUAAAACAAAUGUGAGAUAACGCUUUAAUAAAUUUACUAUUAUGUAAAUAAACGUUAUUAGUUAUACUUUGAUAAUGUAAUUUAUGGUAAUCACAAUUCCACCUAUGAUGAGAAUUGGAAUAUUUUGGAGAUAUAAAUAACAAAUCCAAAGACAUAUAUAAUUUCAUUACUCUUUACCUUGA